CCUCCAUCAACCACCCUCCUACCACCCUCUAGGUUUUUUCCUUUCAUCAUGUCUAAUAUUGCGCCAUCAGCAGCGAGGCAGGCCCUCCGUGUCUGCUCACGGCGACACCCAUCUAGCUCGCUUUCCCGCUUCGCGCCCCGAGCCGCCACUGGAUACCAUGGACGAAGCUAUGUCACAGAGACGAAGCCAGUCAAUGCCACCAUCAACGUUGACACGACCAUCAAGGCAGAGCGGGAGGCGUUCAUGAAGGAGACGGGGAGCAAGCCCGCCCAUGAGAUCAUGCCAACCACUGGGCUCGGUGCUGAUGCCAUGCUGAGUCCCACGGCAGGUAUAUUGAAACAAGCAAGUAUCAUAGACGAAGGCACACGCCCCAUUUAUCUAGACAUGCAAGCAACGACUCCGAUGGAUCCCCGAGUUGUCGAUGCAAUGCUGCCAUACAUGACGGGGAUGUACGGCAACCCCCACUCGAGGACCCAUGCGUACGGAUGGGAGGUUGACAAGGCGGUUGAGCAAGCACGAGAGCACAUUGCCAGCCUCAUUGGCGCCGACCCGAAGGAAAUUAUAUUCACCAGUGGCGCAACAGAGAGCAACAACAUGAGCAUCAAAGGCGUCGCCAAUUUUUUCAUGCGAAAUGGCAAGAAGAAGCACGUCAUCACUUGCCAGACGGAGCACAAAUGCGUACUCGAUAGUUGUCGCCAUUUGCAAGACGAUGGAGUAGAAGUAACAUACCUGCCCGUGCAGAACAACGGUUUAGUCGACAUGGCACAGCUAGAAGCCGCGAUACGGCCAGACACCUGUCUGGUUAGCAUAAUGACAGUAAACAACGAAAUCGGCGUGCUCCAGCCGAUUGACGAGAUUGGAAAGCUUUGCCGAUCUAAGAAAAUCUUCUUCCACACGGAUGGCGCACAGGCGGUCGGAAAAAUUCCACUCGACGUGAACAAGUCAAACAUAGACCUCAUGUCUAUAUCUGGGCACAAGAUAUACGGGCCUAAAGGCAUUGGCGCAUGCUAUGUCCGCAGGAGGCCACGAGUCAGACUCGAUCCAAUCAUUAGUGGAGGUGGCCAAGAACGCGGGCUGAGAAGUGGAACUUUAGCUCCAUCACUGGUUAUUGGGUUUGGCGAGGCGGCGCGAAUCUGCAAAGAAGAGAUGGCAUACGAUUCGAAACGUAUUGCCGCGCUCUCACAGCGGCUCCUCAGCGGUCUUCUAUCUCUUGAACACACGACCCUCAACGGAGAUGCUGCGCGCCAUUAUCCCGGCUGCGUGAAUGUCUCAUUUGCCUAUGUCGAAGGAGAGUCACUACUCAUGGCUUUGAAAGAUAUUGCUCUCUCAUCGGGAAGUGCAUGCACAUCGGCCUCGCUCGAGCCGAGCUAUGUACUAAGAGCCCUCGGAAGCAGCGACGAGAGCGCCCAUAGCAGCAUUCGGUUUGGUAUUGGCCGAUUUACCACCGAAGCCGAGAUCGACUACGUUCUCAAGGCUGUAAGCGAAAGGGUCAGCUUCUUGAGGGAGCUUAGCCCGCUAUGGGAGCUGGUUCAGGAAGGUGUUGAUCUCAACACCAUUGAAUGGAGCCAGCAUUGAGGCCCCGAAGUACUCGUAACGAACAGGCGUGAUAUGGGCUUGGAUUAUUUUGUUUUCC